AUGGCCUACUGCAAAGCAGUUGCUACCGAAGGCACGAAUUGGACAUUUUGUCCAUCAAUGGCUGCUUCGAUACUCUUCACGCUCUUAUUUGUGGCCACAACCGCGAUUCACGUCAUUCAGGCGCUCUACCACAGGACAUGGUACUGCUGGGUCAUCAUUGUCUCUGGUCUACUGCAGACCAUCACAUAUCUGUGCCGCGACCUGAGCAUCAAAUACCCGGCCAAUGAAACGUACUACGUCUUGUGGUUUGUACUAAUUCUCAUUGCCUCGGUAUGGACCAACGCUUUUGUCUACAUGGUAUUCGGACGUCUAGUAUGGCGAUUCAAAUACGACCGGAGUGUCCUUGGGUUGAGGGCAUGGCACUACGGUUUGGUCUUCGUGAUCUUCGAUAUUUUUGCCUUCAUCGUUCAAAUUGCUGGUGCAGCACAAGCGGCAGGUAAUGACGUGCCAGAAGACAAGGUUAUGCGAGGUCUGCACAUUUACAUGGGUGGAGUCGGCAUCCAGCAACUCUUCAUCCUCGGCUUUUGUGUGGCUGUCUUUGUGUUUUGGAGAGACUUCCGCCGUCAGGAAGCCAAAUCAAUUCCUCCUCACGUGCUCGGACUUGUCUACACGCUUGUUGCUGUACUAAUUCUUGUCACUAUUCGAAUCAUUUUCCGUCUGAUUGAGUAUGCCAACGGAUUAGAGAGCAGUAUUCCGGAGCAUGAGGUAUAUCAGUACGCGCUCGAUUCAUUGCCGAUGUUGAUAGCCUUGGUUCUGUUUAACAUUGUUCACCCUGGCCGCGUCAUGCCUGCUCAUGAAACGAAGAUUCCGUCAUUCCCGGAGCGAAGGCGACAGAAACGCGAGGGGGUCAAUAUUCAGCUAAACCCACACUUUGCUUCGACUAGUGUGUAG